CCCAAGUACGCUCUUGGUACAACCCGGGGAUUCCCCGCUGCGGUCCUCCCCCUGACGUCACGGAGUCCCCUGGAGGCCCCGCCCCGCCCCGCCCCCCAGUCUUCUAAGGACCCACUAGCCAGCGGGCCAGGAGGGAAAGAGCGGCCAUGGCGGGGCCCAAUGGCACGGAAGCCCCCGCCGCCCGCUGGAAACGCCACAUCGUGCGGCAGCUGCGGCAGCGGGACCGCACUCAAAAGGCACUGUUCCUGGAGCUGGUGCCGGCCUAUAACCGUCUCCUAGAGAAGGCUGAGCUGCUGGCUCAGUUCUCAGACAAGCUGCAGCCAGAGCCAAAUGAUGUCACUCCUACUACCCACCAGGGCCCUUGGGAGGAGUCGAGGUCUAACUCAGACCAAGUCCCAUCACCAGCCACUCUGAGGAUGAAAUGGCAAGAGGAGAAGGCAGGGCUCCGGCUGGUCUGUGGUGAGAUGGCCUACCAGGUAGUGGAAAAGAGCGCAGCCCUGGAUGCCCUGGAGUCCGAACUGGAGGAGCGGCAGAGCAGGCUGGUGGCUCUGGAGGCUCGGGUAGUGCAGCUGCAGGAGACACGAGCGCAGCAAGUCCAGCAAGUGGAUGCGCGGCGCGCGCGAAACGUGGCGCAGCGGGCGGCCUACGAGGCGCUGCGCUUGCAAUCCCGGCUUCAGGAGGCCGCACUGCGCAGGCUCGAGGAGGAGGCGCGCGACCUGCUGGAGCGGCUCGUGCAGCGCAAGGCGCGCGCGGCCGCCGAGCGCAACCUGCGCAAUGAGCGCCGCGAGAGGGCCAAGCAGGUGCUGAUGUCCCAGGAGCUGGAGAAGGCUGCCAAGAGGACAGUGAGCAUCAGCGAGAGCACAGACAUCCUGGGCGAUGAGAUCAGGGAGAAGGCUGAGAUGACUCUGACCCUGCCUGCUGAGCCAGAAUUCCUAGAAAGUGAGGCUGGUGAGAAGUGGAAGAGGCCCUUCAGGUCCGCCUCCGCCACCUCCCUGACGCUGUCCCGCUGUGUGGUUAUGGUGAAGGGGCUUUUGAAUUUCAAGAAGAGGAGAGGACACUCAAUUGGGGGAGUCCCCGAGCAGCGAUAUCAGAGCAUCCCUGUGUGUGUGUCUGCCCGACUUCCUACCUUGGUUCAGGACGUGCUGGAUGCCCACCUUUCUGAGGUCAAUGCAGUUUGUUUUGGUCCCAAUAGCAGCCUCCUGGCCACUGGAGGGGCUGAUCGCCUCAUCCACCUCUGGAAUGUCGUGGGAGGUCGCCUGGAAGCCAACCAAACCCUUGAAGGAGCUGGCGGCAGCAUCACCAGUGUGGACUUCGACCCCUCGGGCUCCCAGGUACUGGCAGCUACUUACAAUCAGGCUGCUCAGCUCUGGAAGGUGGGAGAGGCACAGUCCAAGGAGACACUGUCUGGUCACACGGACAAGGUGACGGCUGCCAAAUUCAAGCUAACAAGGCACCAGGCGGUGACUGGGAGCCGAGACCGGACAGUGAAGGAGUGGGACCUCGGCCGUGCCUACUGCUCGAGGACUAUCAAUGUCUUUUCCUACUGUAAUGACGUAGUGUGUGGGGACCAUAUCAUCAUUAGUGGCCACAAUGACCAGAAGAUCCGGUUCUGGGACAGCAGGGGGCCCCGCUGCACACAGGUCAUCCCUGUGCAAGGCCGGGUCACCUCCCUGAAUCUCAGCCAUGAUCAGCUGCAUCUGCUCAGCUGUUCCCGUGACAACACACUCAAGGUCAUCGACCUGCGUGUCAGCAAUAUCCGCCAGGUGUUCAGCGCUGAUGGCUUCAAGUGCGGUUCUGACGGGACCAAAGCCGUGUUCAGCCCAGACAGAAGCUACGCACUGGCAGGUUCCUGGGACGGAGCCCUGUAUAUCUGGGAUGUAGACACUGGGAAAUUGGAGAGUAGCCUACGGGGACCCCACUGCGCUGCUGUCAAUGCCGCGGCCUGGUGCCACUCUGGGAGCCACGUGGUGAGCGUGGACCAGGCCAGGAAGAUUGUGCUCUGGCACUAGUGCCAUGACCUCCCCUGCCUGGGCUAGUCUGCAUAAGCCUGAAGCCGGAGAACAGCAUCCUACGGCACCAUGCAGCGCCAAGGCCAGUGGGCCCAGUGGCGGCAGGGGUAGCCUCGGGGCAUUUAGUUGGGAAAGAAGAUCUGGCAGGACCUGUUUGUUUAAAAACAAUGUGUAGGCCCUGGCCAGUUUGGCUCAGCGGUUAGAGCGUCGGCCUGCGGUCCGGAGAGACCCGGGUUCGGUUCCCGCUAAGGG